AUGAAAAAAACAACGCAAAAUAUUAAGAAAGCUAAAGUAGUAAAUGAAAAAAGUAAUAUGAAAAAUACUAAUAUCGAAAAUGAGAAAAAUAAUAAAAAAAAAAAAAAAAAAAAAAAAAUUCUAAAAAAAAAAAAAAAAAAAAAAAAAAAAAAAAAAAAAAAAAAAAAAAAAAAAAAAAAAAAAAAAAAAAUUCCAAAGGAAAAGAUAGAAAAAGAAGAAAAAGUAGAAAUAACUGAAAAAAAAGAGCUAUUAGACAACAUUAAAAUAAAAAAUUACAAUGAAAAUGGUAAUAAACUAAUAAGCAAAAUAACUUCAUAUAUUGAAUUAAAGGAAAUACAAAUCCAAUAUGAUUUAUUAAACAAAUACUACAUAGAUAAAAAAACUCCUUUUUUUUAUAUUGAUUUAAAUAUUUAUAAAUGUAUAUAUGAUACUUUUUUUUUAUCACCAAAAGAUAAAAACUUUGAUAAAAAAGAAAAUUUAUUUUUAGAAAAUUCUGUGUAUUUUUAUAACGUUAUAAAUAGUAAUUGCUUAAAUGUAAUUUUCUAUUUUUUGAAAGAAUUCUUUAAAGAACAUGAGUUAGAGUAUUUUGAAAAUUGUAGUGAAAUUAUGCAAUUAACUUAUUUAUUUUUUUUUAUUUUGCUAAUAGAUUACUAUUCAUUAAAUGAUAGUAUUAAAAUAUACUGCAUAGAAAAUUUUAAAAUACUUUUUAAGAUAAAAAAUUUGCUAUAUGAAAAAUACAUAAAAUACAUUAAUAAAAAUAUGUUAAAUAAAUUCAUUUUAUUAAAUAAAAUAGAAAAUAAUAAUAAGAAAAAUGAUUUUUUUAUUUUUGAAACAAAAAUAAUAAAUGAAAUACUAAAUAAAAACAAAAUAGAAUUUGAAAAUAUGACAGUAUAUAUAAAUUCAUCCAAAAAAUUAGAUAAGUUUUAUUUUAUAAAUUUACUUAUAAAAAAUAAAUCUUAUGAAUAUAUUAAUGGUAAUAUUUUUUUAGAUUUAUUUACAAUUAAUAUUUAUACAAAUAAAAAUUCUUCUACUUCUUCAAAAAAUAAAUUUCCUAAUUUUUCUUAUGAAGAAAGUUCUAAUAUUACCGUUCUAGAUGAAAAAAACUUUUUCUUUAUGGAAGAACAAGAUAAUUUAUUUUCUUACAUAUAUGAAAUUGAAGUUCCUUCUAAUAUUUAUAAGAAUCAAAAUUUAGAUGUGUAUUAUAUUGAAUCAAGAAAAAACGUAAAAAAUAUAGAGUUAUGUCAGGUAGAGAUAUUUAAGAGGAAUAAAAGAAACUCUAUGAAAGAAAUUUUAACUGAAAAUAAACAAAAUGAAGAAGAUUUUGAAAAAAAAGAAGAUAACACAGAAGAAGAUUAUAUAAAUGAAAAUGAAAUGAUAAAUAUGAAUGGUAAUAAAGAAAAUAAUAUAAAUGAAAACUAUACCAAUAAAAAAAGUUACAUGAAUAAAAAUCUUAGAAAGGGAGAUUAUGAAAAAAAAGAUGAUAUGGAAACAAUUAAUAAUGAAAAUGAUAUUUAUAGAAAUAUUUUAAAUAUAAAUGAAAUUAAUGAAUUUGAUAUUGAUUAUAAUGUAAUUAAAAAAGAAAAUAGUAUAUAUGAAAAAAACAACAUAAAUUUAAAUAAUAGAGAAAAAAAAGUUGUAAAUGAUGAAAUAAACUUAGUCAAAGUAGUAAGUGAACAAUUUGUGCAUAAUAAUAAAACAUAUUUAAAAAUAUAUAGCAGUAGAAUUAGUAAUUAUUAUAUUGAUUUAAAUAGUAUAAAUAAUUUACCAUAUAUUCAUUGGAAAAUAAAAUAUGAAAAAAAUAAUGUAAUUAUAAAAUUGAAAAGUAAGAUAAUCAAUGAAUUUAUCUUUCAAAUAAAUAAUAAUGGUAUAGUACUAUUAGAUAAUGGAAUAGAUGUUUUAAAAGAUAUUUAUAAUAAUAAUUUUGAUAUAUAUACAUUAUUAUUCAUAAUGAAAAAAAAAGGAAUAAAUUUUUUAAUUACAAAUGUAGAAAUUGAGAAAUUAGAAAAAGAAAAUUAUAAUUUAUGUAAUGAAAUAAUAGAAGAAAAUAUAAUUAAUGAUAUUUUAUUAUGUUUUAGAUUCAUAAAAUUUUAUUCUUCUAAUCAAAAUUCUAAUAAAUCUAAUAUAAUAAUAAAAUUAAUGGAAAACCAAGAAAAAUUAAAACAAAUAUUUGCAGAUUCUUUAUAUAUAGAAUAUGAAAAUAAUUUUUGCAAAAUUUCUAAAAUUAUGAAAGAAGGCAAUGAAAAAAUGUUCGUAAAAAAUUUAUCAAAACAUAAAUCAAUUUUAUUCUGUCUUUUUGAAUUAUGUGAAUUCAUUAUUUUAAAUAAUAAAAAAGAAAAAAAAAAUAUAAAUGAUAAUGGCAAACAAGAAAAUAAUGAAGAAGAUAACAAAAAUGACGUGAUUCUUUUUCAAAAUUUUUUAAUAAAUAUAUUUUCAAACAGUAAUAUUCAACAAACAAAUGAAAUAGUGAAAGAAAAUGAUAAUUUAAGAAAAAAUUCUUUACAGAUUGUUAAAAAGGAUAAACUUUCAAAUUAUCAAUACAAUGAUAUGUUUGAAAUAAAUGAAACAAUACAUAAUUUAUAUUUGUUUUUAAAAUUAACUAAAGUUAUUUCUCUUACAAAUAUUUAA